AUGUCGACCGUGUUCCAAUCCAGGGCCGACUUCCACCAGAGUCUUGUCAAUUAUAACCAGACCACCACUGAUGGCUGGGAUGUGAUUGUCAGCUACUCUGAGGAGAAGCUUAAUGCCCUGUUGAAGAAAUACUGGUCUCAGCGGUUUGAUCAGGCUCAGAUUUCAUUCCAGCACAAGUCAGGCACUAGUGCCAAUUAUUUCGUAUACACUUGGAACCUUACUCUCGACAACCCAACCUUAUCCUUCAAGUCACUCGCUACCACUCAUGGCGAUGUUGCUGUCUCUGCUAUAUCGUGGAAGAUAUCAGGCACCAUGAAUACCGUACUGUACUCUAAAGGCACAGAGACUGAUUUGGGUGAUGAGGACGUGGGGAAGGAUCAAGAAACCUACUUAGAAGUGGUAACGCCGGUCUUUGCUAUGGAUGGGGAGUCUACCGAUACCAGCCAGGCCAAGGCCAGUGAUUCAACCUUCCAGUUCAGCGAUAACACCGAAUCCAGCUACAAUAUCAUCCUUCAUUUCCAGAGUGUACAGGACUCUGACUGGUCUGUCAAGACGCCUGACUCGAGUGAUCCGCUCAACGAUAGUCUCACGGAAAUGGUGAACGCGCUGAACAACAAUGAGGAGAUCAGUUCAUUCACCUUCACUCUCGGGACGGUUACAAACACGAAGGAUCAGACUUCUGAUUUCUUGCAGCCACAGGAAUUCAGAUUCAAUGCUACCGAGGGUGUUUUGAGCAUCUUCAUCAAAGUUAAAGGCGGCAGUGGCAAGGGAACUGCGGAAACACCACAGUUCCAGCUUACCCAUGAGAAGGGUAUCGCGGCUAUUCCUGAGGGCUAUGAAGCGAGUAUUAUUCUCUCUCAAACACUCAUCCGGGAUGACUAUCUCCUUAAACAGAUUGGAGAGGCCUGCAAGGAUCAGUUACAGAGUAGCGGCGGCGUGACGGUUGAUCAAGCAUAUCCGAAUCCAACCCUCCUUUUGAGGUUCAAGUCCGAAAAGGUCUGGGAGGGUGACUCGACGAGCCACGGUGGCUGGCCUGUGAACGGCAAAGGAGAGAUCACAGUAGAUUGGGACAAAUAUCCUUUGAUGCUGUCUAUUUUUGAUGACGGUACGCCGCUUACGUCUCAUUACAAGUGGGUCUGGGAUAAUGCUUUGGUUGAGUUAUCCUACACCACAAGUAAUCCAAUCCAUGGAGAUCCAGGUGGGCCAUAUACUGCCACUACUACUGGGAGUAUCAAAGCCAACUCGAUGCCCAUCGCCACUGUUUCAGGUGACACAUUGAAGUUCGAUAUCCAAUUUACUUCCGAUAAUCAGCCGAAUGCUUCCUUCUCCAACGUCGGGCCUGCAGACAUGAGUGGAUCAGUCGAAUUCCCGACAUUUAACCUCGAACUCCCUGACCUCAAUUUCUUUCAAACGCAGAAUGUGCUGGCCCCAGGGGAGCAUUUUAUUAAGGCGGAAGACACUAUGUGUCCGUGCGACUUGUUUGUUCUAGGAUCGAUGUAUAGCUGA